AUGGAGUUGGAGUUGCCUAAUCGUUUAUACGGUGAGGGAUUGGAACCUCAGGUUAAGAAGAUUAAUAACAGCUGCCGACUAAAACUUCUCGAGUUGCUGAAAGAAAAAAUGGAACCAGAAUUCGAUGAAGUUAUGAAAGAUCCCAUUUUUUCACAGAUUACGGUUAUCCAGAAGAAUGAUCUGAAGUUUUCGGCGAGGUUGGUACACUCUUUCUUGUGUAAGGAGUUGAUGACAAGCAAGAGACAUGAGAAGUGGUUAACUUUCGCUAGGAGACCUCUGCGUUUUGGAUUGCAAGAGUAUCAUGCUGUCACUGGUCUGAAAGUGAAGCGAAAGAAUAACAGUGGGUUAGUGACAUGGAAAGAUGAUGAUGGUUUUUGGAGCAAGCAGAUAAAGACAAAUGGAAAAAUAAAUUUGCAGAUCAUAAAAAAGAAGCAUUUGGAAGAGAGCAAUACCUGGACUUGGGUUGAUAGGGUGGGACUGAUAUAUCUUUGCGUUAUUAUGGGUGUGGUGAUGGAGAAGGAUGAGAAGGUGAAUAUCCCGCAUCUGUACAUGAAGUUGGCGAUGAAUUUGGAAAAGCUUCGGAAUUACUCAUGGGGUCUGUAUUCGUUUGAUUUCCUUCUGAAGCAAAUUGAUAAAAGAAGGCAUAAAUUAGAGCAGAAAGAGGGGUAUCUGAUGGAAGGAUUCUUGUUUGGUUUCCAAAUUUGGAUAAUGGAAGCUGUUCCUGCUUUAGGAGAGAUUUGUGGCACAAAAGUCAGUAAAAAUUUUACAGGUCCACUGUGUGGUAAUUGGAGAGGAUGUGCAAAAUGUUCUUAUGAAGAUAUCAUUGGCGUUGAGAACUUAUUCCCAGAAAAUGGGAUUUUGCAUUCAUUCAUGGAAUCCCACAUAGAUGGAGUGGUCCUUUUGGCAACUGAUUUUGUACAGAAGGAUGAGAAGAAAGAUGAAAGAGUAGAUCGCAUUUUGGAUAUGAUCAAUAGUAAACAUGAUUGGAACAAUCAUGUUUGGGGAGUAAAAGAAGCUAUGAAUUCUGAAUUUGAGGAAUCUGGCGAAGAGAAAGGAGAGGAUCAAACAGCUGAUACUGAGAGUGGUGAAAAUAGUCAUGUUGCAGGGAAUGUUGAUGGCACAGCUGAUGUUUCGGGAAGAAACAAGAGAAAGCAUGCAGACCGAGGAGCAGAGUCAAGGAAGAAGAAUGUUUUGUGUCACCUAGCUGCUUCAUCAAAAGGAAAUAUUGACACAGAUAUGAAAAAUUUCUUGGAGGAUCUGGUAGAAGCUUCUUUUACUACUUUUGGGGAGAAAUUCUGUCAGCAGUUCUCGGACAGGUUGGGUAAGAUUGAGACUGAGGUUACACAACUCAUGACAGCUUCGGAGAGAACUGAGCAAUUUGAGACAGUUGUAACCGACAGAUUGGGAAAAAUUGAGGCUGAGGUUACACAGCUCAGGACAACUUUAGUGGUGACUGAAUUGGUGGGAAAGAGUGAUCAAGCAAGCGGUCCUAGCAUGACCAAAAUCAACAGUGGUCCUAGCACCAGCAAAAAAGGCACUGCUCCAUCAAAGAAAAAGGCUGUAAAAAACCAAGAGUUAAAGACUGCUGAUUCGUGUGUCAAUUUACCUCGUGCAAAAGUUACUCAAUCAUCAGCUAGUGAUCUUCGUAUGGGUACACAAGAGUUUUUAGAAAGUUGCAUGAAGAACCUUCCAUUAGACACAUUUGUGAAAGGUUUGAAUCCUUCUCAAGCUAAAGUCGAAGAUUCAUUGGAUUGGUUGGAACUUCCAAAAUCAUUGAAGAAGCCAACAGAUUCAUUGGAACUUCUAAAAUCAUUGAAGAAGCCAGCGGUCCGAUUAGAUGACCGAGAUAUAGAGCUAGACGGUGAAAAUUUCCCUGAUCGCUGCUUGGUGUUUGUGCAUCCUACAGAUUUUAAGAAGAUGCAGGACUGGCAAGAUACACGAACAGCUAUACAGAUUGGUCCUUCUAUGUUAGACGGUGAUCUAGCCGGACGUAUUAUGUCUGCCAGCAGUUGGCUUAAAAAUUACGAAAUUGAUGCUAUAAUGUAUGUUUUUCGGGAAAGAACAACAUUGAAACGAUGGAACGUAGACCGUGUUGCUUUCAUGACAUGUGUCUUCAGCGACCUCAUUGCUAAGGAUUACCAGAAUUUCUGUAAGGAUAUUAAGAAAUACACUAUGGAUCCAUUACUAUUGCAAUACGGUAAAGGUGAACUGCCUUCCCAUGGAAGAACACGGAUGUUGUGGAAUGUCGAUGUGGAUCGGAUGUGUUUGAUUGCGGGGGUAAAAAAAAUCAAGGAAGUGGAAGCUUUCGCGCAGCUUAUUCUUCGGAUUGUCAAGGCCGUGCAGUCAUUGACAAUACAGAAGCAUCUCCACAUCACUCCGUACAAUGUUUCCUAUGUACCUAUGAGUGGUCUUAACCGAAUUCAACGUCAUUGUGGUGUGUACACUAUAAAACACAUCGAAUGCCACGUGCUUGGGUUGGACAUAUCUAUGGUGAGUGAUGAGAACAUCUGGGAAGCUCGGAUAAAGAUUAUGUGGGAUCUAUGGGAAGCAGCUAAUGAUCUAGAACUGAUUGAGAGAAUGUCAAAGUAUGAACCUAUUAAGUGUAGUAAGCCUUUCGAGUAUGUUGAGAUUGAUGAUUUAUGA